GGUUUCUUCAGGGUGGAGCAAGGAGCAGCCAACACGAAUCAACCUUCUAGUAGUUGAAAGAAGCACAUGAAGAGUAUAUAACAUGUGCAGACCCAGUUAGUGGAUAUUAAAACUUUCUCAACAUUGAGCAAGAAAUACUUUCAAAAUGAGACCUAGGACAGAAAACUUCAAGAUUAUGUACUUUGCAAAGCACUGGAUGGAACCAUAUGUACAGAUUGUUACUGAAAAUGACGGGAAGUGUUGUCAUAGCGUGUGCAGCUUAGAAGAUGAAGAGGAACCUGUAGAACGGGAGGACCUUCUCCCUGUUUUGGUGGAACCCAGUCAGCUCCUGGAUGACCACCACAUAGAAAGUUUGGCCAAUCACAUGCCGGCGCGGACUCAGGGAUAUCCAUGGCGAUUGGUUUACAGCAUGGCAGUUCAUGGCUCAAGCUUAAAGACUCUCUAUAGAAAAAUGGCUGAAGUAGAUAGCCCUGUGUUGUUGGUCAUCAAAGACUUGGAACAUAAGGUAUUCGGAGCCUUUUCCUCAGAUCCCUUUAGAGUGAGUAACUAUUGCUACGGAACAGGGGAGACUUUUCUCUACAGCUUCAGCCCUGAGUUUCAGGCCUAUAGGUGGAGUGGGGAGAACUGUUACUUUGUGAGAGGUCACUUGGAUUCAUUACAGAUUGGUGGAGGAGGGGGACGUUUUGGCCUGUGGCUAGACAGUGACCUGUACCAAGGUUCAAGUUUUACCUGCUCCACCUUCCAAAAUCAGCAGCUGUCCAGUGAGCAGGAUUUUAAGGUUCUGGCCCUGGAGGUCUGGACUGUCUGGUGAACUCUGACUCAAAGAGCGAGAGAAUGAGAACAAGAGAUGGAGAAGGGAGAAAGACUGAGAGAAAGAAGGGUACCGUAUUUCUUAGAAUAAACGCCGCCCUUGAAUAAACGCCGCCCUUGAAUAAACGCUGCACCAAAAAUGAACGUUAUUUAAUAAACGCUGUAGCGUUUUUAUUCUAAGAAAUAGGGUAUUGACCUGUGUCUGAGUUUGCCUUUACCCCAUUGUAGAGUGCAUUACAAUAAGCCUGUCAUUGGUUUUACCCUUAGUCUCAGGGCUGUUGUGACUGGUUGUAAAUCUGCUGUGAUAGAGUUGGAUAAAAGUGUAUGUGUGGACAGAGAAGCCGGUGCUCCUCCUCUGCAGAAGCAGGAGAUGGAUUUAUUGUUAAGCUACGAACCUUAUUCUUCAACUUGACACCUAAGCUUUAAACAUUCAGUCAGUUAUUGGCUGUGAGUAGAGCAUCACUGAACAAAUGUCCUUUUAAGAUAAAGGUCCUAAAUACAUUUAACAUUAUUGUAAUGACAAUUUUACUGAAAUACUACUGCAAGUCUGUGAAGUUUUAUCUUACAGAUAGUAUAGAUUCCAUGAUGAGAAAUGUUUUCCAAAUUGUUGGAGGCUGAGUACCCUAUAAAGAUUUAAACUUCAGAAAAGCAUCUCAUUAAAAAGUGAACAGGAUGUAAUUUGCUUCAGUUGCUUUCUUUUGUGUCUUUCUUAACUGUGCCAAGAGAUAUCAUUUUUAAAACGUUUUUCAAAAAAUAUGUUAAUGUGCAUGUUUUUUCUAUUUAAAAUGCAGUCCAAAGGAUGCACAGUUUUGUUGUCUGUAUCCUAUUGGUCUGGUCGAACAUGUGUUUUUGUUCAUAUUCAGUAUGUCUGUUGCUGUGACUGAUGGCAUCGCUUUGUGCUUGUUUGUCAAAAUGGUUUGAACGUCAUAGAAAACACUAAAGCAUCUCUGGAAUUAAAUGCUAGUGUGAUACUGAAUUAUUUCAAAUCAUACAGUGUCAUGAUGCUUUGUC